AGACCAAGGCAGAAUUCGGGCUCCAGGAGAAGACGGCAAAGAGUCUCCAGGCGGGUAUUUUGUGAUAAAGGCAAGACCCCAAAUCUGCUUAGAGCGAGGCAGGUGAAGCAGACAGCCAGGUGGGUCCCCACGUCUCCUGACAAUAUGGAAUAUAAGUCAAGCCUGAUCCAGGAUGGGAACCCCAUGGAGAACCUGGAGAAGCAGCUGAUCUGCCCCAUCUGCUUGGAGAUGUUUACCAAGCCAGUGGUCAUCUUGCCAUGUCAACACAACCUCUGCCGGAAGUGUGCCUGUGACAUCUUCCAGCAGGCUGCAAAUCCCUACUGGACCAACCGGGGUGGCUCGGUGUCCAUGUCUGGAAGCCGUUUCCGAUGCCCCUCCUGCCGCCAUGAAGUGAUCAUGGACCGUCAUGGAGUGUACGGCCUGCAGAGGAAUCUGCUGGUGGAGAACAUCAUUGAUAUCUACAAGCAGGAGUGCUCCAGUCGGCCCCUGCAGAAAGGCAACCACCCCAUGUGCAAGGAGCACGAAGAUGAGAAAAUCAACAUCUACUGCCUCACAUGUGAGGUGCCCACGUGCUCCAUGUGCAAGGUGUUUGGGGUCCACAAGGCCUGCGAGGUGGCCCCACUGCAGAGUGUCUUCCAGGGACAAAAGACUGAGCUGAGUAACUGUAUCUCCAUGCUGGUAGCAGGGAACGACCGUGUUCAGACCAUCAUCACUCAGCUGGAGGACUCCUGUCAAGUGACCAAGGAGAACAGUCACAAGGUGAAGGAAGAGCUGAGCCAGAAGUUCGAUGUGCUGUACGCCAUCCUGGACGAGAAGAAGAGUGAACUGCUGCAGCGGAUCACGCGGGAGCAGGAAGAGAAGCUCAGCUUCCACGAGGCCCUCAUCCAGCAAUACCGGGAGCAACUGGAGAAGUCCACCAAGCUGGUGGAGACAGCCUUCCAGUCCCUGGACGAGCCUGGCGGGGCCAUCUUCCUGUCGAGUGCCAAGCAACUCAUCAGAAGCAUUGUGGAAGCGUCCAAGGGUUGCCAGCUGGGGAAGAUAGAGCAGGGCUUUGAAAACAUGGACUACUUUACUUUGGACGUGGAGCACAUAGCAGACACCCUGAGGGCCAUCGACUUUGGGACAGGUGAGGAAGAGGAGGAGUUUAUUGAAGAAGAAAAUCAGGAAGAGGAAGAGUCCACAGAGGGGAAGGAAGAAGGACACCAGUAAGGAGAUGGAUGAGGGAGAGACCGUCUAGAUGCAGAGAGACUGGGGAGGGUGGGGAUGGGCCCAGUUGCCUUGGUGACAGGCCCAGGGUGGGAGGGGUCAGGGCCCCGGAGGGGCAAUGGGGAGGUGUGUCUUCUCUCUGCUCAGAGAGCAGGAACUAGGAGCGGGACCUCACCGCUGUGUCCAGCGUCAUGAACCAGAGUUGGAAACGUGCUUGAAACAACCACACUGGAUACUUUCCUACGUUGGUGCAAAAUGGAAUAUUUUGUACAUUUUUAAAAUGUGAUUUUUGUAUAUACUUGUAUAUGUAUGCCAAUUUGGUGCUUUUUGUAAAAGAACUUUUGUAUGAUAAUGCCUGGUCAUCGUGUGACGGGCGAUUGUUAUAAAGAAGGGAGGGAAGCCAGGUUGAUACAGCCACCCACUUCCUCUCCUUGGUGGGAGGGGCUCCAUAGCACUCACAGACCUAGGAAAGGAUAAGGUACUGUAUUUCAGUGUCUAUUCCUGACAUAAGGGACAGCGACUGAGUUCGUGUUACAUGUCGUUUUAAUAAAUGCACAGCGCUUUCUUCCAUUUAUUACCAAAAGAGCUGGGGUUUCAUUCAGCCUUUUUUUCAGAGAGGACAGUUCAGGGUAGACGGACAGAAGGCCUGAUUGGAAGAGUGCAGCAGGAAGUAGACAGUGAUGGCAAGCCCAGGUUUCUAUCCCACCAAAGAAGUUGUCCUUUAAACCCGCAUUUCCCAAUGAGAACUACGUGGAAAACUGGCCCUGAGAGGACCCUCCAGAAAAGGGUUCAAUGCCUUAUUUUCUGGUUCUCCAGAAAACAGAGCCCGAGGCAAAGAGUAAACACUUUAGUUCAGCUACAUUCCCAGGGCAGCCAGAGUGAAGGGAAGUGGAAGCAAGUCAGGAAAGGAGGGAAGCAAAUACAAAAUAUCGCGUUACCCAGCUGGCCACAGCUCCACCAAGAGACCCCUGGCUGCUUGCUCAGCCAACGGAGAUGCUUCUAGCAGGUUACAAAGAACAGCCUGCCUCAAACAGUUCAUCAGAGGGAAGAAAGGAGAGACCUGUCUGCUGGCUUCUUUCACCUCCCAUCUCCCAGGAUUGGAGUUUGCCUCCCGGAGAGUUAAUGCCCUUGCUCUUCCACUGCAUCACUUGGCCCUUUGGGCAGCGGCGGGGGAAGCUAGAAGGCACCUGUCAGCUGACCCUGCAGGUGGUGGGUGGAGCAGAGCCUCCAGGGGCCAGUGGGGUUGGGUGUGUGUUUUGUGUCAGUCUCAGCCUAUCAGCAACCAAUGUUGUGGUCAGACUGGCCCUUGUAGUUCUUAUUAUGAUUUCAAGAUGCCCUUAAGUACUAACCAUCAGGAAAUUCUGAAAAAAUAAAGGUUUAUUAUUUACAAGA